AUGGAGUCUCUAUCCCUUCCCACUCUAAAUCCUCUAUUAGCUUCUGGUUCUAAUGUUCACAGAAAACAGAGCUCGAGGAUGAUAACUUCAGUGACUUCUUCACUUAAUUUCCCCGUAGGAAGCAAAUCCAUUUCCACUGUUCGCCGCUUUAGAGCAGGCGUUGUUAGGAUGCAAGCUGUUGAUGAAGAUAUUGAUCUGAAGCAAAUGAGAGACAUGGCUGCUGCUAAAAAGCGUUGGGAUGGUCUGUUAAGGGAAGGAAGAGUGAAGCUUCUUACACCAAGAGAAGCAGGCUAUGCUAUUCAGCUUUCAAACAAACCUCUACUCGAUGUCCGUCCAUCUAGUGAGCGCAACAAGGCAUGGGUUAAAGGUUCCACCUGGGUUCCUAUCUUUGAAAAUGAAGACAACCUUGACGCUGGAACUCUUUCCAAGAAAGUCACCAGUUUUGCGAUGGGUGGGUGGUGGAGUGGUGCACCUACGUUAUCUUUCAAUAAGCUCUUCUUGCCAAAGGUUGAGGAGAAAUUCCCUAAAGAAGCAGAGCUGAUCGUUGCGUGCCAAAAAGGAUUGAGGUCUUUAGCUGCAUGCGAGCUACUAUAUAAUGCUGGGUAUCAGAAUAUAUUCUGGGUGCAAGGCGGUUUAGAGUCCGCUGAAGAUGAGGAUCUAGUCACAGAAGGUUCUCAGCCAUUAAAGCUUGCUGGUAUUGGGGGUUUUUCAGAGUUCCUCGGAUGGACGGACCAGCAAAGAGCACAAGCUGCGAAAGAAGGUUGGGGUUACCGUUUAGUAUUUACUGCUCGUCUGCUUGGAGUUGUUCUGGCUGCUGAUGCCUUGUUCGUUGGUGCUCAGCAACUUGGUCAUUAUAUUCAGGAGUUAAGAGGCCAUUAG